AUGAUGAGUCGCAACUUGAUUCCAGCGGUCCUUGCGAUCGGCGUUGGGGUCUUUACUGGCUACUACACUUUCCAGCCGGCUUUCCAGGAAAUCGCAAUUGAAAGAGCCCACGGGAACUCGCCGUCAAACCCAAGCAACUCGCCCGCUAAAGAUCCUUCAUCCUCGCCUGCUCAGCCACCAAAGGCUGCAAGCUCCGACCCGGUCUCUGAGGAGAGCAAACAAGCUCGUCAAUAG